UGACCAAGAGUAACAUAGUUGACAUUCAUGACAUGUUCUUAUAGUUUUCAGGAGUUCAUUUAAUAUUCUAAUUGUACAGUAACUAUAAAAUACUUUGCAAUAAAUAUUAUAAAAGUAAACUUGUUUUCAGGCAAAUGCCACGAUUAUCUGCAGCAGAAAAGCAGCGCCGUUACCGUGCACGGCGAGAUGCUGAUCCUGCGAAAAGGGAGGCAUACUUGGCAAAAGGCCGGCAGAAAUGGAGAGAAAAGAGGGAGCAAGGUGCAUACUAUAAGCCCAUAUAUGAACAGAGUGAGAGGGAAAAACGUGCAAAGAGAAAGGCCUGGAGAAGAGCCCAGGAACAGAGCAGACGCAGAAAGAAACAGGCUUCUGCUAUUGUUACCCCACCACUGAGUCCUGACAGCGAGGAACAACCAGUUCCACAACUAGGAAGACAGAGAAUACAAGGAAGAAGUACUAGAAGAAGACAGUACCAGAAAAUAUACAUUGAGAAUCACAAACUCAAGGAAAAGCUUAAAGCUCAAACAAAAAUAUCAGACAAAUACCGUAAGCGCUAUGAACGGCUACUGUGCAGUGUCGACUCUCCUAGGAAAAGAACAAAAAGGAUGCUCGGAACAAGUCCAGUCAGUAAGGAUGUGCGGAGAACUCUGGUCUAUCAUCAUGCACUUGUGAAAAGCCUCAAACAAAAAUUUCAGUGUGCAGCAAAAGAAAAGACCAGGAACCUAAUCGGCAGAAUCGUAUCUGGAAAAAUAUUGAAAAAAUACAGGUUCCAGAAAAUCAUUCAUGACACACUGGGGGUCUCAGCCAAACGAUUCUGCAAGAAUGUGAACACAAAUGGGGACGAAAUAGCCUGUUUUGCCAGGAAGAAAUACAUAUCCACACACUCAAAACUGCAAGACCAGGUUGUUGCCUUUUACACCAGGGAUGACGUAAGUCGUUCAACAGCAGGUAAAAAGCAGACCAUAACAAAGGGAAAAGUAAAAAAGCAGAAGCGGUUUAUGACUGACACCAUGAAAAACCUCCAUAGGAUAUUCCUGCUGGAAAACGUCUCUAGCAAACUUUCCUAUACACUCUUCUGCCGAAUGCGCCCAUACUGGGUAGUCCAUCCAACCAUUGCAGACCGAGAUAUAAUGUAG